AUGGCGGGCAACACCUCGGCGGGAGCUGGUGAAUCUUCAGCCCAAGAUCGUAGCGGCAGCCAAGAUUCUGGUCUUUCAGCGCCAAGGGGAGCGCGAACAAACCAGGGCUCGCUUGUCAAGGAGGUGCUGAAGAAUUUCACCGUCGAGAAGUUCAAUGUCCUGGACAAGAUGCGCGACCUCUACGCGAAGUUGGCGACCGCGGGAAUCACCUACCCGGAGCAGACCAAGUGCUUGAAGAUGCUCUCGCUGCUGCCAGAAUCGUGGCUUCAAUUUACGAGCGGAUUGAGCCUGCCGCAGAACCAGAGCUUGUGGACGCUCGAGUGGGUGCGGACGAAGAUUCUGGAGGAGGACUUCCGUCGCCGCAAAGAGGGGGGAGUGGAGACGACGGCAGCAGCGGCUACGGGAUGCAAGGGAGCCGACGUGGCAGAGGACGUGGCUUCGGUGGUGCUGGACGCGGUGCAAAGAAAGACGACGACUCCAACGACCAACAGGAGGGGUACCGGUUUGGGUCGCGGUGCGAAAUCUGGACGUGGGGGCAAGUCGGGUGCUGGUGGCAAAAUGAAAGGGAGUUGCUGGUAUUGUGAGAAGGAAGGGCACCCCUGGUUUUUGUGCUAUAAGAAACCCGAUGGAUGGACCCCCCAGAAUCGUCACCAGGAUGGCGGCGCGCGGAGGAACCAGAAAAACGGCGCCAACAUGGUCGCUGAUUCGUCCGACAACAACCCGAAGGGCAACGGCGGUGCGGAGAAGAAGAAGGAGCGCACCGCGGGCCAAUUCUUCCAUGUGGGAGACAAGGGGGAGCAAGGAGACGCCUCUGCCAAAGUUGGAGCAGAGCUGCACCCCCUAGACUAUUGGGUGUUGGACACAGGCGCUGCUUGGACGAUGACGCCGCGCAAGGACCUGCUGGACGAAGUACGAGCUGCACCGAUCAAUGAAGUGUGCUCCGCCUCUGGACACAUGUUGAAGGUGGCUGGUGCGGGACGAGCUGCGUUUAAGGGAGCGGAUGGCAAGCUGGUGGUGCUGCACGACGUUCUCUUCGUCCCCGACCUGAAGGCCAACCUUAUCUCCCUCCGUAAGCUUGGCAAGGCUGGGGUGAACACCAACACGGAUGGGGCACGCACUUAUAAGGGGCAGCUGGGCAAUCGGGUGCUUUGGGAUCUGCACGAGAGCAAGGACGUGUACAGAUCUAUGUGGCAGCUGCCGGCCCUGGCGUGGCAUGGUGGGGGGCAGGCUGGAGAGGGGUCUGCAUCCCAGGGGGAGUGCAAUGCCGUUGGAGGGGUUGGUGUGAAAGUGUCGGCCAGAUCUGGGGAGACAGAUUGGGCAACGGCACACCGGCGCUUAGGGCAUGUGGCAAUGCCUUUGCUGAAGCAGCUGGAGAAGGAUGGAGCCGUUAAGGGUCUGAAGCUGAACGGACAGCCACCCGAUGACAACUGUGAAAUCUGUUUGCUUUCAAAGUUCACCUGUUUCCCUUUCCAUAGUGUGGCUGGCAGGAGCAAGAAGCCUUUGGAGCUGGUUCACAUGGACUUGGUGGGGCCGCUGCCGGUGCAAGGGCACAAGGGGGAGCGGAGUUUAUUUGGCGGAGAGGCGGAGUGUGUAGUGAAGCGGAUUAGGACGGACCGGGGUGGUGAGUUCCUUGGAGCUGAAAUGACGGCCUGGCUCAAGAAGCAGGGCAUCCAGAGAGAGCUGACCACGGCUUAUACCCCACAGUCCAAUGGUGUAGCAGAACGGGCAAACCGGACCAUUCUGGAGACAGCUAGGGCGCUGCUCAUAGAAUCUGGGCUGAGCAAUUCUAUGUGGCCUCAUGCUGUCCGGCACGCCACUGUCGCUAGGAACAGGGUGCUCACCAAGGUUGGGGAUGACUCGUGGGUGCCGUUGGAGAGGUGGCUUGGGAGGAAGCCGCCGGUGGACAUGCUGAGGGUGUUCGGUUGCAUGGCAGUCGCCCACGUCCCCAAGACCUACCGCAGUAAGUUGGGGGCGAGUGCAAUCUGGUGUGUGCAUUUGGGGCUGGCUGCUGAGAGCAAGGGAUGGCUGCUGUGGGAACCAUCCAAGGGUGUGUUGUUUGACAGCAGGGAUGUGAAAUUUAUUGAGGGCAUGAUGUACGGGAGCUGGGAGAAACAGCCGGAGGCAAGGGUGUCCCAGCAGAUGGAGCAGAUCACCAUGCAGCUGGACCUGACUCCUAGUGUGUGGGAGGAGGGAGAGGAGGCAGCUGCUGGAAAUGGUGAUGGAGAGAAGGUACAGGAGGCAUCUGCUGGUGGAGAAAAUGAGCAGCAGCUAGGGACCGAAGAGGCAUUGCUGAUUCUACCUCAUGGCUAUGACCCGGAUGAGGAGGAUGAGCCUGCGUACUGUUUUCUUGCCCCUGCACCAGAGGAACCAGCUAGCAUGGAAGAGGCAUUAGCUGGACCAGAUAGGGACAAGUGGCUGGCUUCUAGGGAUGCUGAGUACCAGAGUCUGCUGGAGAAUAGGACAUGGGAUCUGGUGGUGCUGCCUGAUGGGAAGAAAGCGAUACAAUGCAAGUGGGUGCUGAGGAUCAAGACCGAUGACAAGGGACAGGUCACCAUCUACAAGAGUAGGCUGGUGGCGAAGGGGUUUAUGCAGAAGGAGAAGCAGGACUUCAACGAAAUCUUUGCUCCCACUGCCAAACCCCCUACCCUCCGUGUCUUGUUGGCAGAUGCAGCUGUUAGUGGAAAAUUCAUCAUUCAGAUGGAUAUUUCAACGGCAUUCCUGAAUGGGAUUUUAGAGGAGGAUGUGUACAUGACGCAGCCGCCUGGGUAUGAGGAUGAGGAGAUGGGAUUCAGGACCAGCAGCUGUGAUGAGAGCCUCUUUCUCAAGGGCGAGGGGGAGAAGCUGGUGCUGUUUCUGGUCUAUGUGGACGACAUUCUUCUCUUCAGCAGCAGCAUGAAGGAGAUCCAGAAAGUGCAGCAGCAACUGAUGGAAAACUUCAAGUGCAAGAACCUUGGGAGGUAA